AUGCCGGACUGUAUUUGUGUCGCGGCCAAUGUCUUGCUCCUCUGCGUCCUUGGGCGUGACCCCAAGCAGUUGAAGCCGGUAUUGUCGGCCCACAUCGAAACAGACGAGUGCGGCAACCUCCAUAAUCGCUUCGCCGAAGAUAGGGGGAAGGUGGAUAUGGAAAAGGGGCUGUGUGAAGGAUCCAAGCAUCUUGCAGCACAAGUUCGGGGGAUGAAGUUCGCCCCGGAAAAGAGCGAACUGAUCCAUUUCAACAAGGGGCGACGGCAGUGGUCAAACCAGCUGGAACUCACCAGCCCAGGAAGAGGCACCAGCCCCGUCAGACCGAAGGAGUCUGCCAGGUUCCUGGGAGUCUGGCUGGACCGGAAGCUCAACUGGAAAGCCCACCUGGCAGCGGUGGAGAGGAAGCUGAGGACCCAGAGCUAUGCCCUGUCGAGGCUAGCGGCGUCGACGUGGGGACUGGGGCUAGCCAAAGCGCGAGAAGUGUACACAAAGUGCAUCCGGUCAGCGCUGGCCUAUGGCGCAUCGUCGUUCCACAUCCCCACGGAUGUGGGAGGCGAGCCGGUAAAGAAAGGCACCACCAAGGCUCUCGGGAAGGCCCAGAACAAAAGCUUGCGGAUUGUAGCGGGAGCCUUCAAGCACACUCCCAUCCGCAACCUCGAGACGGAGACAUGGGUGCCACCGUUGGACCUAUAUCUCAACAAACGGCUUGCGGACUUUGAGACCAGACUCCAGCGAACCGACCUAGAUGACGGCCAAGACGGCAAGAAGACCGCAGGGAGCGUUAUUCUUACCACUGUAGCAAGAUACAGCAGAGACUACGCUCGAGGAGCGGCAACAGGGGCCGGCCGCGAACCGUAG